UAGUUCACCAUGUGGUUCGCACUGUUGUUUUUGAGCGUUGCUGCAGUUAAUGGAGUGCCAACUCUGAGGGUAGUUGGCAGUCAGGACGCGCCGGAUGGAAAAUAUCCGUACCAAGUGUCAUUGAAUGUAUCCGGGUGGCACUCAUGUGGUGGAUCUAUUAUCAGCAACCGAUUCAUUCUCACUGCUGCUCACUGUGUUCUUGAUGUACCAAAAUCAUUCAUGACGAUUAUCGCUGGAACAAAUUCACUGAGCAAAGGCGGCAAUGUUUACAAAGUAGAUGAAAUUUUCAUCCACGACUUUUCUCCAUCAAUAUUUAUCAAUGACAUUGCAUUAAUUCGCACUGCCUCUGAAAUAGAAUUCUCCGGCGACAAAGUUCAGCCGAUUAAACUCAGCGAGUACAAUUUCCACGCUCACGGAGACCCUGUGGUUUUUAUCGGGUGGGGAUACACCAGUGACGCAUUGGGAGCGAAAUUACCUGACAAGCUGCAGGAGAUAAAUUUGAAAAUUUACGAGCAAUCUGAGUGCCAAAAAACUUGGGGGGACGUACCUGAGAGCCAAAUUUGCACCCUGACAGAGAAAGGCGAAGGCGCUUGCAUGGGCGACUCGGGUGGAUCAUUGAUAGCCGACGGUGUCCAGAUUGGAAUUGUUUCCUUCGGAGUACCAUGCGCUCAGGGGUACCCAGAUGUUUACACCCGCGUGUUCUACUACGCCGAGUGGAUAAAGGAGAUUAUCAGCUAAAAUGUAAUUAAAAUGAAUUUAGAAGAAACUAUUAAUAAAUAAAGUCAACUGUUAUCAGAUCA